GUGGACAACGUACCCGUAAAAAGAGAUGCCCAUACACCAAAUAUCAAAUUAGGGAGUUAGAAAGGGAAUUCUUCUUCAGCGUCUACAUAAACAAAGAGAAACGCCUCCAGCUCUCCCGAAUGCUCAAUCUGACCGACCGCCAAGUGAAAAUAUGGUUUCAGAACAGAAGAAUGAAAGAAAAAAAAAUUAACAGGGACCGAUUACAAUAUUACUCAGCUAAUCCACUACUUUAA